ACGGACUCCAUUUCCACACUUAAAAACUGAUUCAAUUUCUUUCCACUUCCUCCCUCUCCCAAACCAUCACAGAGGCUCUCGUUCUCUCUGUCUCUUCCCUCUCUCCUCCGCUCUGCAACAAUGGCGACUGCCAUGAAGAAGGUCGAGAAGAUCCGCCAAAUAGUGCGCCUCAAGCAGCUUGUGAUGCGCUGGAAACUCACGAGUCUCCGCCGCCGCUCCGUCCUCUCCAACAACGACUCCGACGGCUCAAACCGGCGCAUUCCCUCCGGAUUCUUGGCGGUCUACGUGGGGUCGGAGCGAAUCCGAUUCGUGAUCCCGGCCCGGUUUGUGAACCUCCCAGUUUUCGUCGGAUUGCUGAACAAGGCCGAGGAGGAGUUUGGAUUCCAGUGCAACGGAGGCCUGGUCUUGCCCUGCGAAGUUGUCUUUUUCAAAGAGAUCUUGAUGCUUCUCGAGAGGGAUGAGAGCAGGUUUGGACGGCUGGGAUUGGAGGAGUUCUGGAAGGUGGUAUCUGAGGUAGGUUUCGUCGAUUCGUGCAAGGACUCGGCGACAAAUGCUGCCGCGAAGAAUUCGGGUUGCCAUGCCUUCACUCCUCUGCUGCAGAGAGCGAGUGGCUGAUGGAGUAAAGUUUUUUUUCUGGAUGUCAUUAGAAGCUAAAUUUGAAUGUCUCUAAUGCCUUUGGUGUUUUUGGAAAAGGAUUUUAGUGAUUAGGGGAUUGUAAAUGCAGAUUGGCAGGAGCGCUCAUGGAUUUUGAUUGGGUUUUUUUUUUUAACUUUUUUGGUAGGGAUUUUUGGUUCAGAGCCAUCCUUGAAAACCCAUCUCUGAAAAUUGCUUUGGUGGGACUUCAACGAGAUGUAGUUGUUGAACUCCGUUUUUCUUUUGGGUUCCUUUUUUUCUAGGCAUAAGUUGUAAUGAUGCUGUUAGUUGAUGAUGAUGAAAUGUUAGGAGGAUGUUUAGCAAUGGAUGGAUUUGAAAUUUCUUGGCAAUUAAUGGAUUUUUUAACAUUAAUGUUC